CUCUUCCUCCUCCUCCUCCUCCUGUCAGCCCCCCUCUUUCUCUCUCUGGCUCCCCCUCAGUUCCCUCCCCCGGUUGGAUGCUCGGCUCUAUUUCUUUUCACUUCUUAAUGUUUACUCGGACUUGCAGCGUCUUUGACACCGAGAUUCGUUAGAAACCGGAACCGAACGGGCCGUUUUGUCCUCGGUUCGGUUAUGAACUGAGCUCCCUCCGACCCAGGCAGCUGUUGGCCGACUUUAGGACCAUGCAGGCUUUGAGCUCCUCUGCAGUCCUGCAGCUUUUUGGCUUCCUGAUUGGACUGAGCAGCUCCCUGGACCCCAGAGACCCAAACGCCUGCAGCCUGUGGGAGAGCUACACCACCUCAGUGAAGGAGUCCUACUCUCACCCCUACGACCAUGUGACGGAGGAGCCGUGCUCGGACCCCCGGACGUCUUACAGAUGCUCCCGUCACAGGAUCACCUAUAAGACGGCGUACAGGCAGGCGGUGAAGACCGAGCACCGCAGGCGGUACCACUGCUGUCCAGGCUACUAUGAGAGUGGAGGCCGAUGUGUUCCUCACUGCAGUAAGGAGUGCGUCCACGGCCGCUGCGUCGCUCCGAACCGCUGCCAGUGUGAGAAAGGAUGGCGAGGCGACGACUGCUCCAGCUCCUGUGACGACAGACACUGGGGUCCAGACUGCCAGAAGGAGUGUAAGUGUGAGAACGGUGCGCUCUGUGACCCGGUCAGGGGCGUCUGCCAGUGUCCGCCCGGGUUCAUCGGACGCCUCUGCGAGGACUCGUGUCCGGCCGGGACCUUUGGGAAGGGUUGCCAGCAGAGGUGCAAGUGUGGCAACGGAGGAUCCUGCAACAAAGCAACAGGAGAAUGCACAUGUCAGAAGGGAUUCACCGGGACUUUCUGUGCGAAAACGUGUAAAGGCUCAUGCCAGCCGAGAUGCCCCUGCCAGAACGAGGGCCGCUGCAAGGGCAACGGGGUCUGUGCCUGUCUGGCUGGGUGGACGGGUGCGAUCUGCACGGAACAAUGUCCAGAGGGAAGGUUUGGAAAAAACUGCUCCGAGGAGUGUGUUUGCCAUAACGGCGCUAAAUGUGACCCUUUAACUGGACGCUGCCAGUGUAGAGAGGGUUUCACUGGCAACAGGUGUAACGAGGAGUGCACCGCAGGUACCUAUGGCCAGGACUGUAAAGGUGUGUGCAACUGUGCAAACGGCGCGCGCUGCUUCAACAUCGACGGCAGCUGUUUCUGUGAGCCCGGAUUCAGCGGGCCGCAGUGCAGGAACCGGAUGUGUGGACCUGGGAACUAUGGCAUGCACUGCGAACACAAGUGUCUCUGUGAGGAGAAACACACUCUGAGCUGCCACCCCAUGAAAGGCGAAUGCACGUGCCAGCCGGGCUGGGCGGGUCUGUUCUGCAACGAGACGUGUCCUCACGGUUUCUACGGCGACGGCUGCAUGGAGCCGUGUCUGUGUGUGAACGGAGGCGUGUGCGACAGCGCCACGGGACGAUGCCACUGCUCCCCUGGAUUCACGGGCGUUCACUGUGAGAGUCCUUGUAAAACCGGCACCUACGGGAAGAACUGCUCCCUGGAAUGCUCCUGCGAAAACUUUAUCGACUGCUCACCGGUUGACGGGACGUGUUUCUGCAAAGAGGGCUGGCAAGGGCCAGACUGCUCCGUCCCCUGCGCUGACGGCACCUGGGGCCCUGGGUGCAACGCCACCUGUCGCUGCACCAACGGGGCCAAAUGUGACCCCGCAGACGGAUCGUGCAAAUGCUCAGCUGGAUGGCAGGGGGCGCUCUGUGACCAGCCGUGUGGUAUGGGCUCGUUCGGGCCGGGCUGCCUGAAGAAGUGCGACUGUAUCCACGGCAGCGGUUGCCAGGCGACCAGCGGGAAGUGCCACUGUCUGCCAGGUUGGACGGGGCCGCACUGCAGUGAUCCAUGUCCGGAGGGCCUGUGGGGCCCCCACUGCAACCACUCCUGCUCGGACCACUGUCCCAACAGCGACACGUGUCUGAGGAAAACCGGGGAGUGUGUGUGCCGGCCCGGCUACUGGGGCGCCGCCUGCCAGAACAAUUCGUCUGAGCGGGUGGGCAGCGUCAUGGUCCCUCUGCCCCCGGGGGAGAGGGAGUCGUGGGGCGCCAUCGGCGGCAUCGUGGUGCUGGUCCUGCUGGUGGUGAUGCUGCUGGCUCUGCUGCUGCUCUUCCGGCGCCGGCAGAAGGACAAGCAGAACAACACGCCCACCGUCUCCUUCUCCACCAGCCGCACCGUCAACUCCGAAUACGCCGUCCCAGAUGUUCCCCACAGCUACCAUCAUUACUACUCCAACCCCAGCUACCACACGCUGAGCCAGAACCGGCCGCCGCUGCCGCACCUCCCCAACAACCACGACCGCAUCAUCAAGAACACCAACAACCAGCUGUUCUGCAGCGUGAAGAACGCGGCCAGGGAGCGGCGCGGCCUGUUCGGGGUCGAGACCAACGCCACUCUGCCUGCAGACUGGAAGCAUCACGAGAGCCGCAAAGGUUCAGGAGCAUUUGGCAUCGACCGGAGCUACAGCUACAGCGCCAGCCUCGGAAAAUAUUACAACAAAGAGCUGAAGGACUUGGUGGCGGCGAGCAGCAGCUCUCUGAACAGCGAGAACCCGUACGCCACCAUCAAGGACCUGCCCGGCCCGCCGUUCUGUCCCCCGGAGAGCAGCUACAUGGAGAUGAAGGCGGCCGUGCCUCGAGAGCGAGCGUACACCGAGAUCAGCCCGCCGCCGUUCAGCAUGGCCACGCUGCGCAGAGAGCGGCAGAGCUCCCUGGGUCACGCCCCUCAUGACGACCCCCAGAGCCACUACGACCUCCCCGUGAACAGCCACAUCCCGGGACACUACGACCUGCCUCCGGUGCGCCGGCCGCCCUCCCCCCGGCCCGCCCCGCGCAGAGCGCUGCAGUGAGAGCCGGAGAGGCACCGCGGCCCCACCCUCCUCCCUGAGGCCCCACCCUCCUCCCUGAGGGCCCAUGUUAGAAGAGCAGACUGUUUGUUCUUCACCUACAAACUCAGUAAGGUCCUGUGUGAGGGCAGCACAGCCCCCCAGUGGCCAUCAGAUGGUACUGCUGCCACCAGGACUGAAGAACCAGGAAAGCUGGUGACAUCGGAGGAGCUUUACUGCGACGUGAUUUCAGCUUUCAUUUUGCUUUUCUGACUCCAUUAAAGUAGAAAACAU